CGGUAGGAGUGGUUCUGUUUACCUCUGAUUUAUCUUAAAUUUUGAUCAAUGUAAAUGUUUAAAUGUGCCUAGAAAGCUGCCUACAUUAUCAUCCAAAUUAGAAUGCUAGUGUUUCUAAGGUAGCUUUCGUUGCUAUCGCUCAAUCUUCCAAAAUGAAAUCUAAAUAGCAAAUUUAUUUGUUCUAAACAACUGGUUUAUUCAUGACCUCAAUUAUCCAACCGUCAACACAGUCCUCUUCUUUAUCCUCGUUGUCAUUUCAACCUGAUGGUCUUACUAAAACAGUUCUACCCUUAUUAUCACCACAACAAAUACACAGUUCAAGGAACACUCGACAUGUUAUUAGUUGUAAUCAUUCAUGCCACAAAUCUUCAAUAAAUGAAAGCUUACAGAAUAAUAUGACACAUUUACAUGUAGUUAAUCAUCAUUUAUCUCGUAAACCAGAAGCUACUCCAACUAAUAUUCCAAAAGCAUUACUUUUAUCUCCACCACUGCCAAUACGUCAAAGACCUGCCAAUGCAGUAACAUCACAUGGUUAUGUAAAAGGUUUACAUAGUCGGUCACUAUCUUCGGAUCAUUGUGAACGCAAUCAUUCAACUUCCGAUGAUAGUUAUCCAACUAAAAUAUCUUUUCAAUCAUACAAUCCAAUUAGAAACAAAUUAACAACAAAAUCACAAUCACGUUCAAUGAAAUUGAACAAAUCUUCACCUUUUACAACUGAAAAUGGCAGAAAUCGUUAUCAUCACCAUCAACAACAACAACAGCCUGUUCAUAUUGUUAAUCAAUUCAAUAAAGAAGAAUUUUCACAUCUUCCAAUUGGUUUUCGAUGGAAUUAUAUUUUUCUAAAAUUAUCCAAUUGGUUUCAACGUAUACAAACAACAAAUUAUUCAAGAACAUCUUCAUCAGAUCGUACAUCAUCAUCUUCCAUGUCAACUUAUAAUAAUAAUGCUGAUAAUAAUAAUAAUAAUAAUAAUAAUAAAUUUCCAUCUAGAUCAAAUCUUCAUUGUAAUCAAUUAAAAAGACAUGAUGAAUACAUUAGAUCACAAAGUCAACCAGUUGAAAAAUCUCAUAAAAUCAAAUCAAAUUUAUAUAAUCAUGAGAAUGUUUUAAAUAAUUCAAAAAUUAAAUCACCAUUAUCAAAUGAAAUGCAACAUUUCAAACAAAAUAUUUCAUUAUCUGAUUUUGAACAAAUAAAUAAUUCUAUCGAAGAAAAUAUACCAUCCUCUUCAUCUUCUGCAAUAUCUACUCAAUUUCCUGUGAUUUGCAGCAAUGAUUCUUCACCAAUCAUUCAUACGACUAAUAAAAAUAUUAACCGAACUAAUUGUAAUUUAUUUUCAUCAUGUCAAAACAAUAAUUCCUGUUCAUGUUCAGAUAUAUCUUUUAAUAAUUUAAGCUACACUAAUUCACAUGAAAUCUCAUCAAACUGUCUAUGUAGUCAAAGUUGUCCAAUAAAAAAUUCACAUCAAUUGAAUGAAUUCCAAUUUGACAAAUAUCAAAUAUCAUCCACUACAUCAUGUUUAUCUGAUUGUUGUUUUUGUCAAAGAUAUCUUAAUUAUUGUGAACAUUGUCAGUUAGUUCCAUAUUCAUUUACUAAUCAAUAUAGACAAAAUGAUCAAACAGUACAAUCAUCUCAUUGUCACAAUUCACCAAAACCUCAUUAUCAUCAUUAUUAUUAUUCCUGUCAACAUCAUCAUCAUCUUCAUCAUCAUCAUCAUCACCAUCAUAAUCACCAUCGUCAACCACAACAUCAUCUAAAUCCUAAUUCUAACCAAUGUCAUCACAUGAAAUUCCCCUCCACUAAUCCGAUUACAACAAAUGCCAACUGUAUUAAUUAUUCAACACAGAGAAAAGCUUCAAGAAAUUUUCAUUUAAAUUUAGAUAAUCAAUAUGCUACUAUUGGUCAAUUAGGACAAUGGACAUCCGAUCAAUCUGACUGUUUGAAGAUAUCUCCAUCAUUUAAUAAACCAACAACAGCAACAACAAUAACAACUGAUUGUUCAUCACCUGUGAUCACUUUACAAUGUUUAAAUUUGUCAGAAAAACAAUUCACUAGAUUGGAUGAUCAUAUUGACAAUGUAACAACAAAUGAAGAGAAUAAUAUUGAUAAUAAUUCAAUCGAUAAUGAGUAUACAAUGAAUACAAGAAAUAUUUCAUCAGCACAUUUCAUAGAUUAUUAUCACCAAAAUCAUGAGCACGAAGUUGUUGUUGAACGAAUGAAUGCAGAUGACAACGUUGUAGAAUGUGUAGGAAGCACAGGAAGCACAUGUUCAGAUUUAGUAAAUGGUGAAAAAGUACAAUGUGUAAAUAUUCCCAAAAUUGAUAAUACUACUAUUACUACUCAUACUACUACUACUACCAAUAAUACAUUUGUUAACCAAAAGUUUGUAACAGAUUUGAUGCUUUUAAAACGAAUUGGUUGGUACUGGGGUCCAUUGACAGUGGAGGAAGCUGAAUUAUUACUGAAGAACUGCUCAGAUGGAACUUUCCUUGUACGUGAUAGUAGUCAUGACUCAUAUAUUCUGAGUGUCAGUUUUCGCUCUGGUGGCCAAAUUUAUCAUACAAGGAUUGAACAUCUGGCUGGUAAAUUUAGUUUGGCACUUUUAAAUGAUUUGAAUGACAAUGUUUCAUCGAGUGUAGCUGAAUGUAUUGAACGUGUCAUGAUUGAUUCAUUUCAAGAUCGUAUGCAUUUUUUACCAAUUCUUGAUGAUACUUCACCAUCUAAUCCCAGUGUACAGUUCAUGAAUAAUCAUCAUCCACAUCCACAUCAACAUGAACAAUCACAACAAAUUGAUCAUACAUUAGAGCAUUUACAAUCCACACGUCGUUCUACCUCGAUUACACAUAUAAAAGCGUCUUUAUUACAUCCAUUAUCACGUUUUCUUAUUGUCCCGUCAUUGGUACAUUUAUGUCGUUUUGAAUUGUUAUUACAUGUUCGAUAUGAUCAUAUUGAUUUAUUGCCAUUACCAUUGCAUAUAAUACGUUAUUUAAAAGAAAGUCAAUAUUAUGCUGAAUUUAUUCCAGCCUAUUUAGAAUUAUUAGCUAAUAUGAAUAAUAAUAAUAAUAAUGACACUCAGCAAAUUCAAUCCUAA